CUCACUCUCUCUCUCUCUAUCUCUCUCACCCCCAACUUGCUCUAAACACUCGGAGUAGCCAGAGAAGCGAAAGAGAAGUGAAAGAGGAGUUAGAGGAUCAACAGGCAGCUGGACAAUUUGCUGUUUUCUGUUCCACACACACUCAGACUUGGGAAAAGUCUGUGAAGAAUGGACAUGACUUUGGUCGGUUUUCCAUCAAGACCACUCACUGUCAUGUGGAUGUACUUCAACCGAUGGCAGAUCCUCUGUUGUUGAUGCACUAAACAUGGCAAGUCCGUCAGCCCAGAGCCCAGGGAGGCUGUCUGGAGAGAAUAAUCAGGACCAAAAAUGAAAAAACUUUCAACCUGAUAGAGGAAAACAUUUUUUGCAAAGAUGAACCCAGAAUCUCUGGACUCAUCCAUCCAGAGUGCCCUCUCGGCUCUCUUCCCACCUUUUGAGGCCACGGCACCUGUCGUCCUCAGCCAGCUGUUUCGCACCAUUGAGGAACGUUACCACGGUGAUGCAUUGCAGUGUCUCCUGGACUUCCUCAUCCCCUCCAAACACCUGCUGGAGAGUGUCCAACAGGCUGCUUGUGCUGGAUACUCUGACGUGGUUUUCCGCCAUGAGGGCUGGCCUCUAUGUCUCCAUGACAAAACCGUCAUCCAGUUAGCAGCCGUGAACCCUUUGCUGCUACGUCCUGGAGACUUCUAUCUACAGGUGGAACCUUUUGGCGACCAAGCGGCUCGGAUUGUUCUGAAAAGCCUUCUGGAAGAGGGAUGUCGACAAAUGGAGGAGACCCCCAUCCCUGAGACUUCCUACCCCUGCAUCUUCACUGAUGACUGGCUGCAGGACAUCAACGAAGGACGCCAUGGAACUCCUCUGUCACAAUGCUUGCUUUGCACUGAACAAGGAGUAAUCAAGUUGCCCUGGGCCAAAAUUGCCAUCCCAGAGUUUUUGGACAAGCCUAAGGUCAUGCCCACUUAUCAGGAAGCUCCUCCUGAGCCAAAGCAGAUCUCAGUUCCCUCCCAUUAUAACUCGUCCACCCUCCCAUUGGAGACAAUGAUUCUUCCUUCAAAAGACAGGAUGUCAGCAUCUUUGAGACCUGUGGACUGUUCCUCCAAACUUGUCAAAGUGGACUGUGAAAAACGAAUCCUCAGACCAGGCCCCAAACCUUUAAUCAAACCUGUGGGUUGGGUUUCACCUAAUACCUGGGACAGUCGUAACUAUCCAGAGAUUGAGGGUGAUUAUGUUGACCUGGUGGAUAUCGCUAAGGGAAAGGAGUUUGUGGGUAAAUGUGAUGGCCACCCAAACCCACCCAAAUCAGUUUUGUUCAAACCUGUCAGACCACCUCCACCUGUACCACUUGGGAAUAGUUUUUUCUGUGACCGCACUCUUCAGUAUGCAGAGGAACCUUGUACACCAUGCAGCCAGAGAAAGUUGGGGCUUGAGCCAACUGAUCAAGACUUGAAGUGCAGGUAUAGAGACUCUUACCUGGCAGCACUGACAAACCCAGUCACCUUUGAGAAGGGGAGGGUAGACCUCCUGACUGCUCUAGAGGAGGUCGGCAUUCGUGAAGAGGGAGAGUUAAGACCUAAGGGUACAUUUGAAGCUCAAAAAGAUGAACUUGGAAAAUGUUGUAACCACUGUAAAGAACCUAUGACAAGUCAUGAGCUCUGCCAAUACAGACAUUGCUGUAAACCAGCACCAGGAAACUUUACAUCUCACCUCAAAGACCCUCCCACAAGUUCUGAAUCAGAAGACAUUAUGAGGGAAUCACCCAUGGUUUUCAAAUCAACCCCUGGCUUGAGCUAUAGUCAUAAAGUUCAGACAAAGCUCAUUUCACACCAGUUAGGGCACAAUCCAGUAUCAGAUAAAUUUCUGGAGACCUGUGAUAGCGACAUGAGAGUACAUCAGAAGGUGGACGUGGUGAAACCAUCAGGGAAGCACAAAGUUAAGCUUAGGUCUCUGUCUACUGUGUCAGAGACUUCUAAAGGGAGUCCACUUCUCUAUAAACUCAGUAACAGGAGCCACAGUGAUAUUUGUCCUGAGACAAUUAGCAACAUAAUGCAGUGUAAGAAAGCCGAACUGUUGGAUCAGGUGACUCCAAAGGUGGAAAGAAGGAAGUCCCCUAAAAAAGACUCCCAGAUAAGCAGGAGUGAAACUCCCUUCACCACAGAUGGACCAGACUCCCGUCUACAGAACUCAAAGAUAGACAAGCUAUCAUCUCAACUUUCUUCUACCACUUCUGACACUCCUCAGUCUCCACAAGCCCAGGAAUCUAGAUUCAAAAGCAUCAGUGGUCUGCUUGACCUGGGCAUCAUUUGUUUACCAGGCAGCAGGGACAGGACAGGUAGGGCUGUGGUAGAGGUACAUGGUGACAGGAAAGAGUGGACAUCCCCUCCUGUAUCAGCCCAGAAUCUCUGCGAGUUACUGCUCUACCUACACACUAUACCCAGGAAAGAUGUUCGAGAGCUGGGAAUGACUUUGGUGAUCAAUGCCAGGAAGAAGACUCCUCCGCCUCACCUCUACAAAGCUCUGCUGAUGGCUCAGGAACAAGCUCUCCAUGCUGUUCACAGUGUUGUGAUGCUGGUGGAUAAAGACACGUGUCCACGCCCAGAGAAACAGCCUGGGUUGCAGAUGGACAUGGUGACCUCUAUGAAAGCCCUCAACAAGACAGUGGAAGCUUCCCAGCUGACCUCUGACCUGGGGGGGACCUUCUCUUACAGCCAUACAGACUGGCUGCAGUUCCAUCAGAGACUGGUUUCUUUCAUGACUGACCUGCGAGAGGCAGACAGUUUGCUGCAGAAGGCCAUCAAGAAAGUGGAUGGCAGUAAAAGUUUGGACACUGCCCAGGAAGUACAGCUAUGCAUUCAUGAACAGAGAGCUUCAAUGAAAGAGGUGCUGGAGGACGCUCGACUGGUUACUCUGCAGAGAGAAGGAGGGGCUGUACUGGCCAGGAUGAGGAGAGAAGAGUUUAGAUUUCCACAGUCUGAAGACUACAGAGAUGCUCUGGAGUCAGUGACAAGUCUGUAUAAUCAAGUGGAGGAGAAGCUCCACAUGCUGGUGAUGAGAUCCAAUGAGUCACUGCAACAACUGGAGUUCGUCUUCAGGCUCAGAGAGAUGGAGGCCAAAAUCAGCACGGCUGGGACAUGGUUCAAUACAGAAGGCGAACAGAGACUGAAGGACUCUUACACAAAAGACGACACCCUGGUGUGCACUGAAAAGGCUUUGCAGGAAUUUGAUCUGUUUCUCGCUCAGUCUAAGGAGAAACAACAGUACGCCUUGACCCUAGUGAUGGAAGCAGAGAGGAUUCUGGGCACUAGUGACUCCAGUCCUGCAACAGAUAUUUUUCGGACUCUUGUCAGCACUUUCAAGUCCAAUAUGGAUGACUUUAUGUUGCGGGCAGAACAGAGGUACAAAGAACUGGACACACUGGUGCAUGUGUACCGCUUUUGUGAUCAGGCAUCUUCCAUGGCCAAGGAAUGCAGUCAUUUUUUGGAGCAGGUAGAGCUGGGGUGUUACUCGGCUCAGGCCCAUCUAAGCACACUCCAGAUGUAUGAGGAGAGAUUAGGUGGCGAAUUCUCCACCUCGCGCUUCCAGACUCUGAAAGUUAAAGCCUGUGCUCUGAGAUCAGGGGCCUCGGGGGUGAUUAGUGUGUGGAAUGCAGCCUGGGUCCAGUGCCAAGAAGUCAGGCAGCGUAUUGAGGAGAUGCAGAAGAACAAGUGCCAAGAUAAGAGCCAGAACCAGCAGACCACAGUUGCAACCACUCAAGGGAAAGCUGGAGGAAUGGAGAAGAAGGAGGACAGAAGGGAAGUGGGGGACGCUGAGUGCUCCCUGACCCAACAGCCAAUUUCUCAUAAGGAGGUAGUCACUGUCUCGGAAAGCACAAGUGAAAGUACCACUGUUGCAUGUUUCAACCACCAUUUAAAACUUGACUUGAAAGGGAAUGAGAAAGGAGAAUCCAAAGUGCUGCAGUUACCUGAAGCACCUGUUAAAAUCGGAAAAAUUACUCCUACUUUUCCACAAAAAAGUCAUCCAGAAACCAAACUGAGGCCAAGAGAGCACCACAGUGAGGCAGAUCUGAGGAGCAGAGACUCAGUUGAAGGGGGCAAUGAUUUUCCAUCGCACCAACCCUUAGGUCGGUCCCUAAGUGAGGGAUCACAUGUGACCUCUCAUUUGACAUUUGCCUCUGACUUUUCACCUUUGAAUGAAAGACACAAACACUGUCAGAGCAGGACACAGCCACUGAAACAAAAUCUGCAGUCUAUCCAAAAUUGGCCCACUUCCAAUGAUGAGAGUUUACACUCAGGACACUUGAGCUGCAAGUCAAAAAGAGACAGUAAUGAAGAGGAGGGUGGUUCCAAUAAAGGAUGCACUGUUUCCACCCAGAACCCUAAAGAUUUAAGGACCCCAGAGACAUUACUCAGUUCAACAGAAAACAAUGGCAUCAAUGUUUUGAAACUGCAGAGAAUCAUGGAGGAGCUGCUGUCCACAGAGAGGGAGUAUGUGAAGGCUCUGGGUUAUGUUCGAGAGCACUACUUCCCUGAGCUGGAGAGGGGCGACGUCCCUCAGGACCUCAGGGGCCAGAGGGGGAUCAUCUUCGGUAACUUAGAGAAACUCCACGACUUCCACCGCCAUCAUUUCCUGAAUGAGUUGGAGGGCUGUCUAAAUGAACCCUUCAGAGUGGGACGCUGCUUCCUACGACAUAGAGAGAGCUUUGCUCUGUAUGCCCUUUACAGCAAGAACAAACCACAGUCUGACAGUCUUCUUAUCAAUCAUGGACAGGCUUUCUUCAAGCAACAGCAGCUGAAGCUCGGGGAUAAAAUGGAUCUGUGGUCAUACCUGCUGAAGCCUGUGCAGCGGAUCAGCAAGUACAGCCUGCUGCUGCAGGACAUGAUGAGGGAGUGUGGUCCGGGACAAAGCAGAGAGCUGGCUGAGAUCAAGGCUGCCCUGGAGGUCAUCCAUUUCCAGCUCCGACACGGCAACAACCUGCUGGCCAUGGACGCCAUCCACCACUGUGAUGUUAAUCUGAAGGAGCAGGGGCAGCUCAUACGCCAGGACGAGUUCUUGGUUACAUUCCGGAAGAAAAAAUGUUUCCGACACAUUUUUCUCUUUCAAGAACUCAUCCUCUUUAGCAAGACCAGGAAGACGGACGUAGGGAAUGACACAUACAUCUACAAACAGUCAUUCAAGACAUCAGACGUAGGCAUGACCCAAAACAGUGGCGACAGCGGCCUGUGCUUUGAGAUCUGGUUCAGAAAGAGGAAAACUCAAGACACAUACAUGCUACAAGCAGUUAGUCGAGAAGUGAAGGAGGCCUGGACCAAGGACCUGGAGCGGAUCCUCUGGGAGCAAGCAGUACACAACAGAGAGGUCCGUAUGCAGGAGAGAGUGUUCAUGGGUAUUGGAAACAAGCCUUUCAUGGACAUCCAGCCCAGUGAUGCAGCUAUCAACGACAGAGCCGUCAACUAUGUACUGAUGGGAAGAGAAAACAAGGUGCUGUCCUCUGUGGGAUCAUGUGGGUCACAGGAUGGGCUUCCUGGGGCGCGACCAAAAUCUGUUGCUUCAGGGAGCACUUCAUCUUCCUCCUCAUCCUCUGGAAGGGGCUCCCUGUCCCAUGUGGGAUACCUGUGUGGGCCGAAGCGGAGGGUGGUUGCGGGUGGUCUUGAGGGAUACAUAUCACCCCCUGGGGUUCUGGAGGAGGACGACCUGGACCAUGAGAGUGGGAGUCAGAACUUACUGUUGGACAGCUCUGAGUCAUCAGGAGAGAGUGUCAGCGGCUUCAGCAGUUCCAGUCACAGCUACCACUCUGCACUCGGAGGAGAGGCAGAGGACACCUCCUCGGUCUGCGUCUCCAUAAUCACUGUUAGGGAGGCUCAUCGAACUGAAACUUCUGCAGCUAUCCAAAAAGCAAAUGCUUUGGCAGGAUCCUCAGAGAAAACCCGACCACCAGUUGCACCAAAGCCCAAACCACAAAAGCAGACCAAGGAUCUGCCCUGUGACAAGUUUCAGAACAGUAGUGUUGGAAAAUCCACUGAAGUUUGAACUGUGAGAUAUGGUACAUGAUUUUGAGGUAACUCAAGGAGCCAAGAAUAGUGGACAUCGGCGUAAAAGAAGGGGCUUUUGGCGCUAACUUACCAGCUUUUACUGUAAUCCAUUACCACUCUGUAAAUAUAUCUUUGUUUUAAUCUCACCUCUAAAACAAUAGGUCAGAAAAAAAUAUCUGUAAAUGUACUGUAUUAUGAACAUUUUGAUCAUGUAUUAAAUGCAUACCUGUACUUUAAAUCAGUCUAGUCUCAUAGCACAUACAAAUGAUCAUAGGGUACAGUCUUUGAGUCUUUGUGUUUAUUUGUCAUUCAUUACAGUAAUUAAAGAAUACAGCUAAAUAAUCUUGGUGAGAAAAUUCUGUAGACUUUUAUCAGCAUGUCUCAUCCCACUUUCUGAGGAGUUUAAUAAAAUCUUGUGGAGGUCAGUGAAGAUUGUUGUCACAAAGACAGUACACAGUAACUGCAUUGUUUAUGUCCUAAAUGUAUUGCCUUUUGUACAGAUUUAUCAAACUUAAUCACAACACAUGUGUCUUACUUAUUUCCCAUGAAAACAAAAAACACAUUCACUCUGUCUUUUCUAGUAAUUAACAGUUUUGUAUAAACUAAUAUGUUACUGGUAUGAAGAUAUUGAUCUAUGUAACAUGUGUAUGGCUUUCUAUUUGAAAUACAGACUAUUUGCUUUGAUGAUGUGUAUGUUUGCUUUUAUCUGUGUUUUUAUUUGCACCACAACAUUUUUGUAAUAAACUUAA